AUGCUCCGACUAUCUAGCCUAGCACUCACCUGUCUCAUCGUGACGUUCGUCUCAUCCGAAUACAUCCCCGGCCGCACCUUUGACUACUUCAUCUCCAUCUGGCUAGGCAAGCAGAACUACGAGAAUAUCGUCAAUGACCCUCACAUUCAAGAGCUCAGAACGCAGGGCAUCCUCCUCACAAGCUACUACGCCCAGACGCACCCAAGCCAGCCCAACUAUCUCGCCGCCAUUGCCGGCGACUACUUUGGCCUCGACCAUGACGAUACCUUCCGCAUCCCCAUCAAGGUGUCCACCGUCGUCGACCUCCUCGACUGGCGCGGCCUGUCGUGGAAGGCCUACUUCGAGGACCUGCCAGGGCCCGGCUACAUGGGGCGCGCCAGCGACGGCGGCGGUACCAGCGGGCGUGGCUCGUGGCAAUACGUGCGAUCGCACAAGUACGCACCCCCUCUGUUCUCGUCCCUCUGUCUGCUCUGCUCUGCUCUGCUCUGCUCUGCUCUGCUCUGCUCUGCUCUGCUCUGCUCGGAAGAAAACGCUGACACAGGCCCCAGCCACGCCAUUGCCGUUCGCGACCUCCUCGUCAACAGGUACAUGCCCGAGAUUGUCAAGAUUGAGCACGCCGACGGCCGUACCGUCGAGCCGCCCAAGCCCAUCCCCUGGUACCCGAACGAGCUCGCCUGGGACAUGACGACGCCCAAGAACAUUGUCCGAAAGUUCGCCCCCUUCUCCGCCUUUCAGAAGUUCCUCGUCUCCGAGACGAGCAUCGGCAACAUCUCGCGCCAGGAGGUCGUCAGCAUGAUCCCGCCGCUGGUCAUGGACCUGCGCCCCGGCAUGACCGUCCUCGACAUGUGCGCCAGCCCCGGCAGCAAGGCCACGCAGCUCCUCGAGAUGGUCCACCAGGGCGAGGAGGCGCGCAUCAAGAAGGUCCUGCGCGCCUUUGCCCAGCAGGACGGCCUCGAUCUCGGCGCCGAGACGGACGAGGAGCGCCAGGCCGACCUCGCCGCCGACCCCGCCGACGACGGACGCGCCACCGGCCUCCUCAUCGCCAACGACGCCGACUACAAGCGGUGCCACAUGCUGGUCCACCAGCUGAAGCGCCUCUCGUCGCCCAACAUGAUCGUCACCAACCACGACGCGACCAUGUACCCCUCCAUCAAGCUGCCCUCCGACCCCGAGACCCCCGACAAGCCCAAGUACAUGAAGUUCGACCGCAUCCUCGCCGACGUGCCCUGCUCCGGCGACGGCACCAUGCGCAAGAACAUGAACCUCUGGAAGGACUGGAACCCCAACAGCGCCCUCGGCCUGCACACGACCCAGAUCCGCAUCCUCGUCCGCGCCCUGACCAUGCUCAAGCCCGGCGGCCGCGUCGUCUACUCGACCUGCAGCAUGAACCCCGUCGAGAACGAGGCCGUCGUCGGCGCCGCCAUUGAGCGCUGCGGCGGGCCCGACAAGGUCGAGAUUGUCGACUGCCGCGACGAGCUCGUCGGCCUCCAGAGGCGCCCGGGCCUCAAGGACUGGCAGGUCAUGGACAAGGCCGGCCGCAUCUGGAAGUCGAUGCAGGAGGUCAACGACUUCAUGGACGGCAAGGACGCCGUCGCCGUGCCCGGCCGCGUCGUCGAGUCCAUGUUCCCGCAGCCCCCGACGAGCGACAGCGCCGACCUGCCGCUCGAGCGCUGCAUGCGCGUCUACGCCCACCUGCAGGACACGGGCGGCUUCUUCAUCACCGUGCUGCACAAGAAGGCCGAGGUCAAGAUCAAGCCCGAGCCGGUCCCCGUCAAGUCGCAGACCACGACGGCGGCCGCCACGCCUGCUGCCGCCGCCGCCGCCGAGGCCGCCCCUGAGGCUGAUGCCAUGCAGAUUGACCAGGACGCGUCGAGCAACGGCACGAAACGGGCGCGUGAGGAUGAAGCCGUCGACACAGAGUCGCAGGCUUCGAAGAAGCCCAAGGUCGAUGAGAGCCACAGCGGAGAGGCCAAGACGGAGGAGGCCGAGCCUGAGGCGGUCAAGACGGAGGAGGUCAAGACGGAGGAGGUCAAGACGGAGGAGGCCAAGACGAAGGAGACCAAGACCGAGGAGACCAAGACGGAGGAGGCCACGCCUGCCGUGGCGGCGCCGAAGCCGACCAACACAAAGCCGAUCCGCAACCAGCACGGCCAGAUCGAGGAGCCGUUCAAGUACCUGACGGCGGACCACGAGGUGCUGCAGAACAUCAAGACGUUCUACUCGGUGUCGGCGCGGUUCCCGCAGGACCGGUUCAUGGUGCGCAACGCGACGGGCGAGCCGGCCAAGGCCAUCUACUACACGUCGUCGCUGGCCAAGGACGUGCUGACGGAGAACGAGGGCCGCGGCGUCAAGUUUGUGCACGGCGGCGUCAAGAUGUUCAUGCGGCAGGACGCGCCGUCGGCCGAGGUGUGCCGGUGGCGGAUCCAGUCGGAGGGCAUGCCGAUCGUGCAGGGCUACGUCGGCGAGGAGCGCAUCGUGCGGCUCACGAACAAGGAGACGCUGCGGCGGCUGCUCAUUGAGAUGUUCCCCAAGAUUGCCGACGGCGCGUGGCGCGCGCUCGGCGAGGUGGGCGAGCGCGUGCGCGACGUCGGCAUGGGCUGCCUCGUGCUGCGGCUCGAGCCCGACGGCACGCCCGACGGCUUCACCGAGCGCAUGGCGCUGCCGCUGUGGAAGAGCCUGCACUCGCUCAACCUCAUGCUGCCCAAGGAGGACCGCUCGGCCAUGCUGCUGCGCCUCUUCAACGACACGACGCCGCUCGUCAACCUGGCGCUCACCAAGGAGAAGCAGGCGCAGGUGCAGCAGGCGCAG